CUAGAGAGUUGUGGUGGGACUGAAUAAUUAAAUAUCCUGUCCUUUUUCGUAGUCGGCAUUGGUCGGUCUACAGUGUAUGGUGUACUGUAGAAAUACCUGUCAAUCUUGCCGAACAAAUAUGUUGUCCUUUUUGUGUGUCGCUGUUCUGUGUUUAGCAGGUACGCUUGUUGUAAGUGAAGAUGGUAAACGAGACGAUAGCGGAUUUCAGCUGUUUUUUGGAACUCAAGUCCCACAACUACCACCUAUCGGCGGGAUUGAUAUAAAUUGUGUAGAUAAACAAGCCAAUUGUGUGGCUUUCGGGAAGGAGGCGUGCGCUGCUCCCUACGACAAAUGGGCAAAGGACAACUGCGCUAACUACUGCGGAUUUUGUCACGGUGCUACUACGCCCGCCCCAGCCUGUGUGGACUCGAUUAAAAACUGUGAGGCGUACGGACAGACCGUAUGUAAUGACCCUAAGUACGGAACCUGGGCUGCAGAAAACUGUCGCUACUUCUGCCGAAAAUGUACAGUUCAGCAACUCCAGAUAGCGGAUUCCAUCACCACCACCAUCUCUCCAGAACAGUGUGUCGACAAGGUGGAUUGUAGAUUGUACGGUCAAUCUUCCUGUCAGGGUAGCUUCAAGGGCUGGGCUAAAGAAAACUGCAGGAACUUCUGUGGUUUCUGUACCGGAGUACCAACCCCUCCACCAGCUUGUAUCGACAAAAUCAACAACUGUAACCAAUAUGAAGCGAACGCCUGUACCGCCCCCGAUUUCCAUAUCUGGGCCACCGACAACUGUAGAAAGCACUGCAACCUGUGUAGCGGAGGCGGAGCUCUUACACCACAGAUCGGAUCAGGAGCUACUCCCAGUCCUUUUGUGAUAAAUCCAGUCCCAGCUACAUCAGGACCAGGGUUUGCUGUGCCAAAUCUUCCAGGAAGACGUAAUGUUCCUGCUUUACGAUGUAAGAUAUAUGAUUAUACAUUGUUCAAACAGUCCUGCAACAUACCCACUGUAGAACAAAACAAAAUGCACUGACUGCAUUAACAUCU